AUGGAAGCUCAAGAGCACCUGUCUUACAAAACUCAGAGCAGAAAGCGUGGUAGACCUGCUGGUAAAAACCGCAUGCCUCUUAGCUCAGAACAGAGAAAAUCACGCAACGCCCAGUAUGAGAAAGAAAGACGAAACGAGAUUGCACACGCUACAUUACAUCUGGCCAAAGCAGUAGGCUGUGACGGUUCCGUUACACUACAAAAUCUACUAACAUCUGUGAUUAAACUUUUGGAUAAUAAAGCUAACUGUAAACCUUCGGAGUCGAUACAAAUUUUAAGACAAAGAAACGAAGAUAUUUGUAAAGAGAUACAGGAAAUGGAGCUGUUUUUAAAAUCAAAAGGACUCAAUAAACAAGAAUAUGAGACGGACAGUGAAUGCGAGUCAUAUAACCUAAGAAGCCGAGGAUCAAAAAGAAAAUCUGAAAAUAUAUGUGAGUUACAAUACAGUGAGAAGAAACAGUUAAAUGAAAAAGAUGUCAAGUCAAUGAUAUCCACUGCGUCAAACCUAGUAAGUUUUACAAUCUGA